AUGGCCAUUCAACGCCGCUGUAUUUACCGCGGACGUGUGGAGACGCUGCCUGCUGAAGAAGAUGGCCAGGCGGCUGGGCAACCUCUCACAGCCAACUUGUCAUCUACAACCCACACACUCCGCCUUCGAAGUCACGCUAACACAGCAAGUAUUACGCUUCCUUCGUUUCCGCUCUUCAUUUGGGCAACCGCAACCAACAACGCCAACAAGAGCCAUCUGCCCCUCAUCAUGAACCAUGUUGGUCCGGCUCCCUAUCUAGCAGGCCUCGCUUGCAAGGAGUCGCGGCGGCUAAUGGAACAAUCAUACGCCAAGCCCAUACAUAGACCAACGUACUCGGCGGCAAGUAGUGCGAUUCAUUGGAUCGACCUGCAAAAAACGGUCGUCUCACUCGGGGACUACCGGUCAGCGGGGGCUUUGUCGGAUGCGUUCACUUUCGAAGACUUGGCAAGAUUCCGCCAUGUCGUUCUACAGUCAUCACGGUUCUCUGAUUUAUUCGCAGACAGUGCUUUCCACCUUCCCAAAUUAGACAACAUUGAAUGGACCAACACCAGAAAUAAUCAACCAUUUGUGCCUGAUCAUGGUUAUCUAGACAUAAGCUGCCAUCAGACUGGAGAUAAUUGA